AUGUGUUUCAGAAUCAUACCACAGGCAAGCUCCUGGGGCCGUCUAAAAGUAACAAAGGAUGCCAUGGAGACCAUUCUAAGCCGAACACUCGCAUCGCCUUCGUUCUAUAGAAUAACUUUAGGAUUCUGUUGUAAGAUAAGAGCUGUGGAUGAUCGGUUCUACGAAUUUGCAGCAUAUCCCUUGCAGAACGACUCGCAAGAGAAACACGGUAGGGACCUUGAAGAUCCGUGGUCGAUUAGGCAUGCUGGAAUUCAGCACACUUUCCAUAUCGAUAUGAAGGCAUCAUCAUGGCUGAUUCUACGAGGGCCACAAUCACUGAAGGAUGAACUACUUCAGAGCACUGAGAGUGGGAAUCCCAUGAUGCCGCACUUACUGAUUCUCUUCGGCGCAUCUAAAGAGUGGAGAUGGUACCUAAACUACUUAGAGGACGUGCUUCUUAAAAUGAGCGAUAAGGUCUGUUACUACGACAUGGAGCCUACAUCCAAAGACAACUAUAAUCUUGAUGUUCGCGACAUUCAAAACCUACAGUAUUUCCAGAGUAAACUACUCCGCCUCCAGCUCGUUGCACGCACAACUCUAUCCACCUGCCGAGCAUUGAUGAAGCACGGAACGCGAUAUAGACGUAUCUAUUUCAAAGACAAAACGCCAGCGUUCGAGUAUUUCCGCGGAGAACUAGAAUCCCAAAUCUCAAAGUUUCAAUCCUACCACGAGACUUUAACAUACCUCCUUCAGACAGCCAAAACCAUUUCCCAAAACGUCGACCGCCUCCUAACCUACCUCGCUCAGCAAUCUACUCUCAACACCACCUACGCCACGCACGCGACCCUCGCCCUCGCCCACCAACAAUCCACCACCCUCGUCCACCUCGCUAAACGAAACAGUGAAGAAACAACCUCUGUCAAAACAAUAACCUACAUCACUAUUCUCUACCUCCCCGCCACGCUCGUGGCCACGCUCUUCGGCACAAACUUCAUCGCCUUGAAGCAGGCCGAGGCGAAGAAUAGUAUCGUUGGGACAAGAGAUAUUUGGCUGUAUCCUGCCGUGGUGGUCCCACUUACACUUGCGACGAUGGGCUUGCUUGCGGCUUGGGAGAAGAGACAGAGGGGGAAGGAAGAGAGAUUUUGGAGGGCGAUUAGCAGGGGUAGCCGGCCUUAG